ACAUAGGAGCGCACACUUUGACCCAGAUACACAACCAGAUACAAACCGGACCCCUCACGCAGACCGUAAUCGUGCUGCCACGCACACCAAUUACACGAAGCGUAGGUGAAUACUCCCUCCUUAGUGACCUCUGACCAGUCAAAAUGAAGCUUCCGGCAAGUACGGUACGGUACAUUUGGAGGUCAGUGACUCCGCGCAUCCAUAAUAGGUUUGGCGGUGGCGGCGACGGCGCAGGGCCUGGCGACGGCGCCGGUGGCGCGGGGCCUGCCGCCACCGCCGCCGCCUUGGGCCCAGCAGUGGCGGCGUGCAUGUGCGUAGCGGAGGGGGCAGGCAAGGCCACAUGGAGAAGGAGGGCACGACGUAGCACGCCGCCGCUAAAGAAGCGGCGCCGCGGUUGAGGCCCGGUCCGUGUCUGGUUAGCACUGAGCGUCCUUGCUGGCUCCUUGCUGGCCAGCUGCCAGCAAAGCAUGAUACGGGUUUAUUGCUGUUUGGUUUGUUGCCUGCUGUGCUUGUGCUUGACAGCGGGACGUGGCCGGAUACAUGGUGGGCCGUGCCUGUACGAACUAACCCCGUGUAGUAGGACAGUCGGCAAAAGGCACAUCUAGAUGCCCCAGGGCGCCGUCCGCAGGGUUAUACACUUGUGUGUCGUAGAACUUCCGUGU